AUGACGUCGCCUGGGCCUUCGAAUUCCUUCCAGCAAUCAUCAGCUGCAGCGUCUGUCCAAGAGUUCAAGAUCCGUGUGCCAAAAAAUGUGAAGAAAAAAUAUCAUGUGAUGCGGUUUAAUGCCACCUUGAACGUGGACUUCGCCAAAUGGACGCACGUGAAGAUGGAACGUGAGAAUAACAUCAAGGAGUUUAAGGGACUUGAUGAGGAUAUGCCUAAGUUCGGCGCUGGUUCAGAAUAUGGCCGCGACGUGCGCGAGGAGGCGCGACGCAAGAAGUUCGGUAUCAUCUCCCGCAAGUACAAGCCUGAGGAUCAGCCCUGGAUACUGAAAGUCGGUGGCAAGACCGGCAAGAAAUUCAAAGGUAUCCGCGAGGGAGGCGUGUCAGAACAUGCGGCGUUCUACGUGUUCACUCACGCCGCCGAUGGAGCCAUCGACGCGUAUCCAUUGCAGGAAUGGUAUAAUUUCCAACCCAUUCAAAGGUACAAAGCUCUGUCAGCUGAGGAAGCUGAUGAAGAGUUUGGAAGACGCAAUAAAGUGCUCAACUACUUCUCGCUGAUGUUCCGUAAGCGCAUGCGCGGUGAUGACGCCGCAGAUGACGCCGACGACCCCGACGAGAAGAAGCUUAAAGGCUCAAAGGCUAAGAAAGAUCUCAAACUGUCAGAAAUGGACGAGUGGAUAGAUUCUGACGAUGAUUCCUCUAACUCUGAGAAUGAGAAAGACAAAGACAAUGAUAGUGAUACAGGAGCUAAUAAUAAAAAGAAGAAAAAGAAAGCGGCUGCCAAUAAAAAGAAGAAGAAAGUGGAGGAUGAGGCUUUCGAGGAGAGUGACGACGGAGACGAGGAGGGACGAGAGAGGGACUACAUAUCAGACUCUUCUGAGAGUGAAUCUGAUCACGAGACCAAAGCCAAUAAAGAACUGAAAGGUGUUGCAGAAGAGGACGCACUCAGAAAACUCCUGGCUUCCGAUGAGGAUUCGGAGGAGGAGCAAGAGAACAAGGAGCAGGAGGAGGAACAGGAGGACGAGCCCACCAAGGAGGGAGAGGAACGAGCCAGCAAGCUCACCAAGAAGAAGAAGAACAAACCUGAUGAUGCUAAGAAAGACUCAAGCAGUGAGUUGAGUUCAGACUCGGACACGGACCCUGAAACUACCCCUGCAGUGAAGAAACCCAAGAAAUCUAAGAGCAACGAUAAGAAUGGACACACUGCCAGCACAUCCGCGGCAGGCAGUGCGAAUACGUCCCGGUCGGGCACCCCGACGCCGUCGGCCGCGCAGGCUGCGGUGGCCGCCGCCAACGCCGCCAACACCAACAUGCCGCCCGCCAAACGACCCAAACUCGACGCUUCGUACAGUGAAUGCGGUGUUACUGAAGAAGCAGUGCGUCGCUACCUCGCACGUAAACCGAUGACGACAACGGAACUCUUGACAAAGUUCAAAUCUAAGCGCACGGGGGUCAGCAGCGACCGCCUCGUGGAGACCAUGACGCAGAUACUGAAGAGAAUUAACCCUGUCAAACAAAAUAUUAACGGAAAAAUGUACCUUAGUAUAAAGAGCACAUGA